AUGGCGUCGAAAGAUGAUGUAAGUGCUAUAUACGAAAGCGUUGGAGUCGGAGGAAAGCUCGUUAGGAUGACUUUAAGAGUGGACAAUUGGACGUUUUCAUCUGUGUUACUGUGUGAUAAUACUUUUGUUGAAAAGGGUGGAGGAAUGCCUCCUCUUCCUCUUCUACCACAUGAAGCAUCAACAAAAAAUGGUUCACUUGAUAACUUCCAUUUUUCCAUUGGACAAGAUCCGAAAAGAUCAAGGGAUUCACCACAAUGCCCAGCGACACUAGAGAAUCUCCCUAGUGAUAUUUUAUUAAAAAUAUUCAUCCGUUUAUUGGCAAAACAACUUGCUCAAAUGAGAUGCGUCUCCAAAUCAUGGAAUGCCCUCUUAUCUCAAACCUCCUUUAUAAAAUCUCACCUCCAUCAUUCCAUCAAUAACAACGAUCGAUUUCUCUUGAUUUUCUACUACAACUUGUUAUCUCUUGACCCUAUACCUUUCACAAUACACCCGUGUCGAUUUCCCCAUCACGAACUCACCAAUUUCAUCAAACUCCCCCCGGUUAUUCCCGAUUCUGAAGAUACUACUACUGACAUGAUCAGUGUUAUUGGCUCUGUUCAUGGUUUAAUAUGCUCUCGUUACUCCGAUAAUGGCAUUCAAAUUUGGAACCCUUCUCUCUCAGCUGUGUUAACUCUCCCCCCACAUUACAUACCCAGCCGAGGUCCUUACGAAAUCUUUUUCCAGUUUGGGUUUGAUCCAAAAACCGAUGAUUACAAAGUAGUUAAGGUUAUAGGACUUACUGCACCACACAUCAGGCAACCUGAUCUCUUACCAUAUCCUGUAAAAGAGUGGUUGCAGGUUGAAGUUUAUAGCAUGCGAAAGGGUUCUUGGCGAUUCAUCACUCAAAAGUUUCCAUUGCGUGUCACUGAGAUUUUUUUACCCGAAAACGUCUGUGUAGAUGGGCAUGAUGGGCAUCUUCAUUGGCUUGGUUAUAUUGGUGAGGAGGGGGAUCGACUAAUGAUAGUGGCAUUUGAUUUGGGAUCAGAGACAUUUAGUGAGAUGACUCUUCCGGUUCCAGAUGCUGUGAUAGACUGCAACGGGUGUUAUCCGUUAGGGGUUUUGGCGGGAAAGCUUUGUUUUAUCACAUGGGUGGCGGAUGAUGAUGUGUGUGAGGUGUGGGUGAUGGAGGAGUAUGGGGUGGCUGAAUCAUGGGUUAAACGUCAUGUGUUUUUGCAGUUUAGUUAUGGUGCACCUUCGUUUGGAUUCACGUCACAUAGUGAGUUUGUUAUUGAAGAUGAUGAUCGUUGUCUUGUUUUGUAUGAUCCGAUUGCUGACAGGGAAAAAGUUUUGGAGAAAUAUUGUCCUAAAUUUGGUACAAAUAAAAUCGUGGAGUAUGUGGAUAGUCUUGUUUGGGUGACACCUUCUGUGAGAUGAGAUGCGGCUAUUGAUUUCACGUUUUGAAAAGGCAACGUGCAAUCAUUGGAUUCUUCUUUCUUGUUUUCUUUUGUUUUAACUGAGUGAUCUACGGCUAUUAUUUUUUUUGUAAAAUUAGGUAAUCUUUAAGUUGCUACCUAUUGGGCAUUGAAGAUUUGCUGAUGUGGACAGAUGACUUGGCAACAAUCCAACAUAGUUGAACCGGAUUUAUUAAAUACCAAGUUUCAGUUUAGUUGGAAUGUUUGUAAUUUUUUUUCAUAGUUCAUGAUCCAACAGGCUUCUGUCAAAUUGACACUGUAAACUAGAGCUUUCUUUGGAAUACCUUAAUUAAUUUCGAAUGGAUCAUGACGUUUGACAUGUGUCACACAAUCCAGUCUUGUUUGGAACUCCCUU